AUGACAAUGCUACACUAUCUCAUUGUUUAUAUCGGGCUCAUGCAGCUCCAGCUUGCUGGUGCCCAGUCUGGUACCGCUACCAGUGAGACAAGUUCAUCAAUGGGCACCUCGACCCCGUCAGCUGUACAAACAGUUGAUGUUGGAGAACAUGGCUUUAGUUUCGACCCUGAUACUCUUCAAGUAGCUCCCGGUGGCAAAGUCGAGUUCCAUUUCUAUCCUGGUAAUCAUUCUGUGGCACAGGCCUCUUUUGACAGGCCCUGCCACCCCAUGAGCGAUAGCAGUUUUUUCUCUGGAUUCAUAGCCCCAACGUCUGGGGAAUCGGACACUGUCUUCACGGUCACUGUGAAUGACACGACUCCCAUUUGGUACUACUGUGGCCAGAUUGGUCAUUGUCAGGCGGGUAUGGUUGGCGUGAUAAACCCACCGUCAGUCGCCCAUGGGCAAUUGCAAGCUGUGUGA